GAAUACUCAGCGGAUGAGGAUUUCAGGUCCCAGGUUGCUGGGCGGUAGGGUGUGACGCAAUCUCACACCCAGGGGCGUAAUGGCCUCUGGGUUUUCCCGGGGGACUUCCGCUGUUGAGCUGUACCUCAUUGCUAGGAAACGGGCGCCAGAAAGUUCUCAAACAAGGUCCCGCUUUCUUAGAGUGGUAACGUCGUGCGCCGGUUGGGAAAGGGCGGUGGAAGGAGCGGAGCCUCUGUGAACCAUGCUCGCGAACUGUGGGUCCGUCUGUAAAGAGGCCCGUCUUAACGGUACCGAGGUUAGAAUCUGCGCUGGGAAAGACUUUUGCUGCAGGCCGAAAACUACACUUCCCAGAAUCCUCGUGGUGCCAGAACUACGUUGCCCGAAAGCCUGAGCGUGAUUCAGCCAGCCUCUCACCUCCACCCGCCAGCCUGAAAACAGGAAAUGUGGAGUCGCAGUGUUUGGCGGCUCCUGUGCUCUGACGGCCGUGCCGGCCGCCGGGUUUCCAUCCUCGGCGGGCGUUUCUCGCCGGCCCUGCGGAGAGACUUUUUCACCACCACAACCAAGGAAGGAUAUGAUAUGAGGCGAGUGGACCUAACUCCUUUAGAACAAAGGAAAUUAACGUUUGAUACCCAUGCACUGGUUCAGGAUUUGGAAACUCAUGGAUUUGACAAAGCACAAGCAGAAACAAUUGUAUCAGCAUUAACCACUUUAUCAAAUGUCAGCCUGGAUAGUAUCUAUAAGGAGAUGGUCACUCGAGCUCAACAGGAAAUAACAGUACAACAACUAAUGGCUCAUUUGGACUCCAUCAGGAAAGACAUGGUCAUCCUAGAGAAAAGUGAAUUUGCAAAUCUGAGAGCAGAGAACCAGAAAAUGAAAACUGAAUUGGAACAAGUUAAGCAGCAACUGAUAAAUGAAACCAGUCAGAUCAGAGCAGACAAUAAACUGGACAUCAACCUAGAAAGAAGCAGAGUAACUGAUAUGUUUACAGAUCAAGAAAAGAAACUUAUGGAAGCAACCACAGAAUUUACCAAAAAUGAUACCAAAACCAGAAGUAUUAUUUCAGAGACCUGUAAUAAAAUUGACACUGAAAUUGCUUCUUUAAAAACACUGAUGGAGUCUAACAAGCUUGAGACUAUCCGUUACCUUGCAGACUGUCCAAAAGAAGGCCAUGCACACCACCAGCAACUCCUAAAGUGGACUCCAGCAGAUUCAAGGAGACUGUGGACUGGAACUGGGGGAAGGAUUCCAAUGUGGAAUUGUAGAUUGAACCAGGGCACUCCAUUAGAGCCUCUGCUGUAGGUCUAAACUGACUCCUGAACCCAGGACUGGAGAAUCAAUUAGAUCCGCAGCUUGAACACAAAAAGUGGAGCUGAAACUGAGAGGGACUUACCAGUGGUCCUCAGAAAUGGCAAGGACAGCACACUCUAAGGUUUUCUGGGUGCCACACCUGUAUUUCUCAUUGUCCCCAAAUGCCAACGGAUGUUCGCUGCCACCAGAUGUGUUAAAAAACAAAACUAAGUAAACUUGAAGAUCUAAUUGGCUUUAUUAAACAGUUCAUGAACUGGGCAGCAUCUCAUCUAGCAAGUAGAGGCGAACUCUCAGAAGUUGUACAAAAUGGAAGGUUUGGGGGCACCUGGCUAGCUCAGUUGGGAAAGCACGCUGACUCUUGCCCUGAGUUUGAGCCCCACACUGGGUAUAGAGAUUAAAUAAAUAAAACUUGGGGAAAAAAUAGGUUUUUGUAGAAGGAGGGUUGGGCAAGAAGGUUAUUAGCAAAAGAAAGGGACUGUUCCGGGCAAAGUCCCUUUCCCUAAGUGGGAGUGCAGGUAGUUUUAUCAUGCAAAUUACUUCAUCUUCUUUUAGGGGAUGGAGGGGAUCCUUGCGGAUGACUGCAAAAUUCCCACUGACUGGUUAAGACCACACUUCUGGGGCAAGUUUAAACUGCAAUUAGAUUAGGUAAUAAGCUUCAGUUUGGGGACCCAGCCUAAGUGACGUUUGGGGUGUGUGGUUUUUCCUUUUUAAUACUGUUUGUCAGGGAAAGUAAUUGCUGACAUUUGAUUUUGAGAUCUGUUAGCUACUAUCUCCCAGGGUAACUAUGGAGCACAAAAGAAAAAAAGGAGGAGGUAUAACAGGUUUCCUUUAUCACUUGCAGUGGAAGUUUAACAAGCAGUUAGUAUAUAAGUUUAACGAGCAACUCUGCAACCUACUAAUAGGAAAAAGCAUAUAGAUGUCUAAGAAAUGUAUAAAAACAAGUACAGAAUGAUGCAAAAAAGAUAAAUUGGUUGCUCCACAGUGGAAAGAAAUGAAAAUUUUAUGUUUAUUCCUACAUUCUUCCAUAAGGAUUUGAGUGGACCUCCAGAGGACAAUCACUAAAAUAGAUACAGGCAAAAAUGAUAACAAGUAUAGGGGGGAAAUUACCUUUUUACCUUAAAUCCAGCUGAGCACAGAUACUACCCAAAAAUUAGACUGUUACAUACUGAGCUCAGGUACCAUGUGACCUGACCCAGUUACAGGGCCCGAAGGAAUGAGAAAAAUGCCCUACAUUCGUAGUACUUUCUUUUUAUAAAAAGUAAUGUGUUUUCAUAAAUUGUGUCCUAUAACCAAAAGCAAUAUAGUUGAAGUGAAAGCCUUCCACUCCCUCCCCACAUGUAUUUACCAUUAGUAGAUCUCUUUCUAGGCUUUUUCUUACAUAUAUAAACAUUACAGAUUAUUAAAAACAAUAAUUUGUAUUGUACAGACUACAACUUUUUCAAAUUUAACCAAAUGUUUUAAGUAUCUUUGCGUGGCAAAACAUAUGUAUCUUUUUACUCAAAAGCAGAGUAUUCCAUUAUAUGAAAAAGCCAUAAUUUA